AUGCACCUAACACCAUUUUCUUUGCAUCACACCAGAUGGUCGACGACGCAAAGCAACCACACCCACCGAAAAGACUGCUUGCUGUAUACGCACACACCCGCAAACAAACUCAGACGCGCUCGCCAGGCUAGCAUGCCGCCUGCAGCCUAUUCCGCGCCCAUAGACUCAGACACCCCCGACGGCGCAUCCAAUAACGUCGCGCCGCGCCCGUUUACAACAACAACAACAACGUCGUCGUCAACAAACAAGGACGCGAACCUCCUGUCGCAUUCACUCAAACAAAUGCCUCUCCACGCGACGACCGCAAACGCAAGUGCAAGCGCGCACACAGAAAUUUCAAAUGCCUCAUCGUCGACAAACAAUACCCCGCCGUUACACACGCCCACACGUCCGCCCUCACUUCCACUGCACUCAACCACAACUUUCCCGCAGUCUCCUCGUCGCUCGCCUGCUCCCCGCAGUCCCAGUGUUAUGAGCUUCAGCCGAGCUUCUUCACCUGCACCCGUUCGAAAGUUAUCUACUACGUCCCUCCGAGGAGACGUCCCUCGCCCCUCCCCGUCGCGCAGAAGCUCUCUAGUACCCAACAUGCCUUCGCCCACAAUGGCUAAGAUGGGAAGCCCGUUAGCUCAAAUUCCAGUCGAGGACAAGCCGCCCCCGCCACGAGCUUGCGACAUUGCAGAGGAGUCUUUCGUGAAGGAGUUGGCAUUGCACGAGGGCAUGGCCGGGUCUGCGAAUGCAGGCACCAUUGUCAUAAUACACGACCAAUGCUAUGGCCACCGCUACUCCAGACCGAAGACAGCAAAAUCCACAUUAAGCACUAUCAUGGAGAGGCCGGAGCGUAUGCUGGCGAGUGUGCGGGGCAUCUCUGCGGCAUAUGUGCGUCUGGGCGAGCGGCACUGUGAUGGCUCCAACCCACCUGAGCCUGGCCGGCAACCUCCGGCAACUAUCCCUUUCAAGAUCCGAAAGACGUCUCGAGCCGUCGAUCUUACAUCUCAAGCCGUCACCAACGUUCACGGCACCAAAUGGAUGCAAGAAUUUAAGACAUUGUGCGAGACUGCAGAGCAGAAGCUGUCAUCCACAGGAAAGGAAUUGGUCCGCGAUCCCCCUACGAUACCAGGCCAGCCUCCCCCAACACCAUUCCAUCCAAUGGACCUCUACCUCUGCUCUGAAUCUUUGAAUGCUAUACAGGGCGCGCUUGGAGGUGUGCUGGAUGCCGUUGACACCGUGUUCCAGGGCUCCACUAUGGAGAAUGGUGUUUCACGCGCUUUUGUCUGUAUCCGUCCUCCAGGUCACCAUUGCUCGGCAGAAUGGCCCUCUGGGUUCUGCUGGAUCAAUAAUGUUCACGUCGGUAUUGAACACGCCAUGGCCAACUACGGUUUGACCCAUGCGGCCAUCAUAGACUUUGAUCUCCACCAUGGAGACGGUUCGCAGGACAUUACGUGGGAGCGAAAUAAAAAAGUGCGCGCCAUGCACAAAAAUACUCCCCACUGGAAGAAAACAUCCAUUGGAUAUUUUAGUCUUCACGAUAUCAACUCCUUCCCAUGCGAAGACGGAGAUGACGAGAAGGUUCAAGCAGCAAGUCUUUGCAUCGACAACGCUCAUGGCCAGUCCAUCUGGAACAUUCACCUGGAAACGUGGGCCACCCCUGAAGAAUUCUGGCGAUUGUACGAGGAUAAAUAUCUGGUGCUACUCGACAAGACACGAAAGUACCUGAAAUUUCACACCAAUCGUUUACGUACGUCUCCCAAUCAUCCCGCGCCAAAAGCGGCCAUCUUCCUCUCCGCCGGCUUCGACGCUAGUGAGCAUGAGACAGCUGGUAUGCAGAGGCACACUGUUAAUGUGCCCACUGAAUUUUACGCUCGUUUCACUAGAGACGUUGUGCGACUGUCCGAAGAGCUGGACACUGGCGUAGAUGGUCGAGUCAUCUCUGUUCUCGAGGGCGGUUACAGUGAUAGAGCGUUGACAAGUGGUGUCCUCAGUCACAUAAGUGGUUUGUGCGAUGGGCAAAUCUGGUCGGAGGCCAAACAAACAUCAGGAGGACUGGGUUUCGACAUGCAACAGCGGCUCCAAGCUUUAGACAUGAACGACCGAGGCAUGGCCAUGACACCUACACCACCCGAAGCGACACUAGUCACUUAUGAUCCCCAAUGGUGGCAUACAACGCGGCUUCAAGAACUGGAAAAUCUGGUUACGCCUCCCCCCUACAUCGCUCCUAAGAAAGUGCGGACUGGACCGGCAGCGCAUUUCUCCUCCCCCACUCAAUCCUUCACCGCGAAAGUCGUCGAUCCUACCAAGCUUCACCGAAACCUGUCGGGGCGAUAUUCUUCAGGCAGUCCUUCUUCGAGAGCGCCGACUCCCCCGCCGCCAGAGGUCGACUGGGCCAUAGCUACAGACGCUCUCUGCAAAUUGCUGACUCCCGCUGACCGACAGACUCGUAGCUGCAGGCCUGAGGAGCUAGCAGCACCAAAGGUCAAGAAAGAGGAACCUGCUCCUGUCUUGAACAAUGCUGACCCUCAUCCGUCCGGACGUCAGCUUCGCGGAAGGAAGCCUGUAUCUUCGUAUCUGGACGCGGGGUCCGAUGGGGAUAAACCAGCUUUGCGCCCAGAGACACGAGCAAGUCGACGCCAGACCAUUGCUGAUCUCCCUCUACCAACUACCGAACCCCCCGAGCCCAAGCGUGUGGCUUCGCGUCGUGUUAGUAUCGCCUCGAGUGUGAGUUCUGUGGCCCCAGAGCGGAGCGUUAGCCGCGCUUCUAGUAUCGUACCGCCCAGCAAUCGCAGUACCACUCCUGCACCAGCAUCCAACGGGGUACAAAUCAAAAAGUCCAGGGCGUCGACUGCAGCUACCUCUCGCAUUCCCCGGAAUCAACCUCCGAUGCCCUCUGUGCCUACCAAGUAUCAAAGCAAGCCAGCCGCUACUGGAGGCAAGGAAAAUGAGAGUGACAUUGACCAGUUGACCUCUGGACUGAAGCGUGUGACACUGAAGUUGGCGCCAAAAGAGGAAUACGAUGCGCGGCAGAAGCAGAAGGAGGUUGAGAAGAAGGAGGUUGAGAAGAAAGAGACUGAGAAGAAAGGAAGGGCAGCUGCCCCACGCAAGCCAGCAGUCCCUCGAGCGCUCAGAGCUCCGGCGAAGGGUGCUCUCCCUAAAAAACCUGUCGGCAGGCCACCAAAAGCCACAAAGCCUGUGCCUGCAAUUGAACCCGAAGCUCCCCCUAUUUCAACAGAGCCAUUGCAGCCAAUUGCUGCUGCAACUGUACCGUUACACCAGCCCGAACCUGUCGCGCCCGAGCCAUCUAGCACUCUCUUGGAGAUCUUGGAUAAACAGAAUCACCCCACCUCACCUACAGCCCUCAUCUCCCCCGAGCCAACAACGAAGUCUUCUCCUCCAAUAGACCCUCCCACUAGUCUCAUUGAUAUGAAAAUCACUCCCGACCAACUCCCAAAACCGCAUUUUAUCACCUCCAACAGCCCCGUCCGCUUACCUACCUCGCCUCCCCGGGAAGAUACUCCUCCUCCGCCACCCCCUGCCAUGAUCCCGCAAUUCGUAAAUUAUAACCCGCAAACAUUCAAUGCCGGAUCCUCCCCACCAUCGGUACCUACACACCCGGGUCCGGCUUCUCCUCCCCUACAGUGGCUACCCAUGAAUCUGGAUACGGCCGCUACAGCAUCUGCAGGACCUAAUCCCCCUCUUGCUUCCCCUGCUGCUAAGAACCCGGUUCUGUCGAGACCUGUGUCUGCGGCGGCGAAGAGACAGGAGCUUCCGGUGUUCUCGGCAAGCGGUGUCAUUCCUUUUGCGCAGGAUCAAAACAAGGCUUCUGCGGAGGCGGGGCAAGGUACAAUCGAAGUGAAGAAAGAGGAGGGAAACAGUGGAAUGGAUAUCUGGGAUGUUCCCGAUACACCUGCGCAUUAACUGGGUUGCUUUGCUCUUCUGAAGAGAGGGUUGAGACAUGCUUCGUUGUCCUUGCCACUCUUCUGCCAUUUCACUCUCUUUGUUGAGACU